AUCGCCAUUGAUUUUCUAUCGCCGGUCAUGGAGGGCUUUUCACGCUCAUCGAGAAAUGGGGAUAAUUCGUCUGGUAGCGGAGGGGCAGCAACAGCAGCAUCACCAGCGGCGGAAGCAGGGGGAAGAGUACUAGGAGGCAGAGGAGUAGGGGAGGCAGGAGUUCUUUCAAACUUGGAUGGCCCGAUGGGAAGGCUUGCCGCGAAGUAUGGUCUUGUGCACAAACUGCGCCAUGCUGAAAGUGCACGUGACGGCGCCAGAGGCGAUGCUAACGGGAGCCGCAAAGACACGACGACGAUUACGCAUAUCGGAUCAUCAUCAUCACCAUUAGCAUCGUCAUCCUUAUCAUCGCUAUCAUCAUCAACAUCAUCGUCAUCAUCGUCAUCAGCUGCUGCUGCAGCAGCAUCUGAUGGAGUUGAGGGAGGCGGAACAGUUGGAGAUGGGUUGUCGAGUCACCCGUCUGAUCGGAGAUAUGGCAUCGACCGCGAUCGCGUUCUGAGUCGGGAUUCCUCUCGGUCGGCUAUAGAGGAGGUGAGGCACAGGCUCGAGAAGCAUGGGGAUCGGGCGAAGCUGAGCCUGAAGCUUGGGGAACUGAGAGAGAGCAGUCGCAUCAAGCGGGCAGGGUUGGACAUCGGUAUCGUCGUACCUCCACCGCCGUCGAUUUCAACGGGGCUGGGAAGCAGGUUGUUCGAGACACCGUCAUCGUCGGAAUCAUCGACGGCUGUCAUGGGCAGGGCAUUCUCCAGCACAGUCACGCCAUCAGGAGGGGUAGGGGGGAGAAAUGAAGAAGGGGAGCGAGGGGUAGUUGGUAGUUUGGGUGAAGGCGACGAAAGCACUAGCAGGAGUAGAUCGGCAAUGGAAGCGGGAAUCAGCCCGCAGAGCGUCGGAUUAAUGCGCAGUCACCACCCAUCGUCGUUUUCAAGCUUUUACUGCCGAGGCGAAGCCGGAGGAGGAGGAGAAGGAGGAGGAGGAGGAGGAGGGGUAGGGGGACUGGGUAUGUCUCCGAGUAGUUUGAUGGAGUGGCAAAUGCUCCAAGGAAUGGAGGGGUUGCUGGAGAUGGAGCUGGGAGCUCAACACACACCCAGACUCGCGGAAAUGAUUCUGAAGAUGGCAGCGGCGACAGCCAUGGGAGAGACAGGAUCCGGUUUGAUGGAGAGGAAAGGAGCAGGAGGAGGAGGAAGAGGAGGAGGGGGGCAGGAGGGAGAGGGUGUUGCAGACGAUGGGGGGUUUGAGUUCGAGGAUGCCGCAGGCAGGAUGGGUGCGGAGGCCGCAGCUACCAGGCAAAUGUGGCGCAAGUCAAUUUCUUCCCUAGCCGAGCUGAAGAAAGAGAACGGUUGGGCUUCUCCUCCCUGCGCGUCUCCAUCCAUGCCUGGCAGCAGUCCUGCGAAUGUAGGGCCCUUGUCGAGGAGUCUCAGCCUGGGACGCGGCGAGAGGUACAGAGGCUACAGCAGCGAGGAUGCCGCCAAGGAUGCCGAAGAACGCUCCCGUCGGAUGCAGGUUUAUCGCCCUCACGGGUACGACCGAGUCAACACCGAAGUCACCAUCACCUUAACCGGGCUCGUUAACGUCGACAGGAAGGACUCGUUGGGCCGACCGGUCGUCGUGAUCGACGCGAGUUUCAUUCCCCCGCCAAGGCUACGGUUCGCCGCGGUUGCUCUCAUCAGAGAGAGAAUGGACGCGCUGGUCGAGGAACCCUAUGUUCUGGUGUUCGUGAUGACCCCCAAGAACCAGCACAAGACCCCGCCGACGACCGUCCCAGCCUGGUGGUGUCUUAAAGUGUACCACAACCUGCCGCGCCCGUACAAGAAGAACGUGCAGCGUGUCCUGUUCAUCCACCCCACGAUGUGGUUCACUGUGAUUUUCAACAUAAUCAGGCCGUUCUUGAGCAAGAAGGUGUUCCGAAAGUUGGUGAUAGCGAACGCGCUGAGUGACAUUGAGAGAGAAGUCGGCCAUGAGAUCAAGCUGACCCAGAUUGCGCUGGCUCCGCACGUCUUCGUGCACGAUAAAAAAGGAAGCGCCAAGGCUUCCUUCAUGAAGGACAUGAGGGAUGUUAUCCUGAAUAGUCCGUUGGGGGCUGUGGCAAAGGUGGCAGGAGUGGGAGCCAUGCCGAUACCGCAGUCAGUAUCGUCGAUGGAAGCGGGAGGAGGAGACGGAGAGGGAGGAGGAGGAGGAGUGGGGUAUGAUGACGGUGUUGCCCGUUCUCAUUCUGCGCCAGUGACGCCAACCACGCCGGCUGUGUCUGCAUUUUCGCGAACGAGCCGCUUCGGCGUGGGAGGAGGAAUGGGCGGUAGUGGAACUAGGACCAGUUUCUUAAGGGCAGCAUUGAAAGAGAGGCUGGCUGGCAAAUCAACUCCACCUCACACCACCGGGGAUGACGAUAGACCUGUGGGGACGUCUCAAGGGACCAUGGCGCCCUCACCGCCCCGGUUGAAUCCGCCACCGCAGCCAUGGAAUGCUCAUCGGCGAUGUAUGAGUGAUAUCACUGGCACUGCUGAGGCCAACGCUGGCGAGUCAAUCUCUCCCUGUCGUCCACCUUCAACCGUCCCUACUUCUUCCGCCCUUCGCUCUCAGCCUCCCCCUUCUCCGCCUCCUCAUCCUUCUCCCACCGAUCCUUGUUCUCCUCCUUCUCCCUCUGCUUCUCCUCCUGGCCCUCCUGCCUCUGCUUCUUCUCCCCCUGCUCCCUCUUCGUCUCCCCCUCCUCCUCCUCCUCCUCCUCCUCCUCCUCCUCCUCCCACUACUACUACAGUAUCUAAGACUACUACUGCUGCUCCUCCCGUCCUUUCUUCAUCUACAUCUUCAUCCAUUUCGCCUCUUUCAAAAAGCUGAAGGUGAUAUUCUUUCCUCUAUGGUGAACGUAGUCUUCACUUGCCAAAUGUAUUCCACUUCGUAUCCUCCCUCCCUCCCUACCUCGUGCGACUCUCUCUCUCUCUCUCUCUCUCUCUCUCUCUCUCUCUCUCUCUCUCUCUCUCUCUCUCUCUCUCUCUCUCUCUCUCUGUGUCUGUCUCUUUGCGCAUUGGUUCGCAUUCUAAUGCUUACAACGAACGAAAUUAACUAACGGUUAUAAUAUGCAAAGCACAAAGGCACGACAUCCACAGGGAAGAUAAGUUUGUGUGUCCGUGCGCAGAGAGACUAGGGCUGUGGGGAGCAGCGAGUAGUGGCUUCGACUUCCAUGUGAGAAGGGCGAGGAAAGCCUCAGCGAGGGCUCGACUGGUUGAUUCGGACAGUGCAAUGCGGAAAUCCGAAGAGACGAACAGGAAUGAAGGACAACCUCUAAG